GGGCUUCAGCGGGGGAUUAAAGCCAAAGUCCUCGCACUCUUCACACCAGCGGCUCACCCACUGACCGACUGACGGUGUGGAAGGUUUCGGGAGGUUCGGUGAAGCUCCAUCGUGGCUGUAAAGGCGCAUCUGUGACAGUUUGGGGAGUUUCAUUUUUGCAAGUGAAGAGUUUUGAAGAUUUUUGUCAGAAUCGGCAACCAAAAGAAGCUGAAGAUCCAUUUAGACACAAGCGUUGCUGCUUUUUCGCCAGACGACAAUCAGAACUUUUUUCUUUCAGUCUUGUGCACUGACUUUGGAAAUACUUUGGCUUUCUUAUAGAGAGACCCACACUGAUUGAGAAAAAAAACAAUACGAGAAAAAGAUUUUUUGAAAAACGUCAUCUGGAAUCUUGUCACCAUGAGUAGCGGUGGGACCUCCACUGUUUCACCACAGGAGCCGCAGGCUUUCAAACGGGCCGUACGGAAGAUAAAAUGCGCCGCCAUGGUGGCCAACUUGGCCAAGAGCUGGCAGGGCUGGGCUAACGAGCACAGCGACAAGCAGGACUGCAUCCCCAGCGGCUGGAUGCCUUCAUCUGUGGAGGAGGAAGACAAAAAAGAGCGCAACCAUGUGGUCAAACUCACUGUUACCCCACGAGUGAUCGCAGCAGACGCCGGCGAGUCCGGUGGGAAUAAGAUCCGAACCGGCUCCGUGACCAAGACUGUCCAGCCCAAACGCAGCGAGUGCAGCAGCAGCGACUUGGUCAACGCCAUCCGAGGCAAGAUGGAGUCGGGUCCUGAGGAGACUAAGCCGUUUCUGGGCAACGAGUCGCCAACACGGCGCCGCCAGAUGAGGGCGCUGCAGAGCGCAGGAGGAGGGGUGAUCCAGGACAGGAAGCACAUGCUCCAGGAGAAGAAGCUCGGGUCGAGGAGCAGCAGCCUGGACACGGAGGACAGCGGGCUGGGGGAGGACGGCGGGCUCAGCGACAACAGCGAAUCGAAAAACGAGCAGAACGACAUCCAGCCCAAAAAACAGACCACCAAGGCCAAGAUUAAGAUUGCCACUAUGGGUGACAUCAAAAGCCGCUGGCAGAAGUGGUCCGAGCAGCACGUGGAGGGCCAGAAGCUCAACCCCUUCAGCGAGGAGUUCGACUACGACUUCGCCAUGGCCCAGCGCCUCCGCAAGGGCGACUCCGGCUACGGUCGGCCCAAAGACGGAUCCAAGACGGCCGAGAGGGGCGACCGGGCCCAGAAGCACAUCCACAGGGAGAUGGAGGAGAUGGUGUGGAUUAUCAGAGACAUGGGCUUCAAGGACAAAGAGGGGAGGACCAUCAUUAGCUUCGGCCGGCUCUUCGACCGCUACGUCAAGAUCUCGGACAAAGUGGUGGGAAUCCUGCUGCGCUGCCGCAAACACAAGAUGCUGGACUUUGAGGGGGAGAUGCUGUGGAAAGGACAGGACGAUGAUGUGAUCAUCACACUGAGAGACUGAGGACAGACAUGAUGUCUCACGAACAUUCACACACAUGCAAACACACGGACAAACCGGUCUAUCCAAGGCUACAUCAUGCACAAGGAAAAUAGUUCAAGUAAAAAAAAAAA